GUCCGCGUCUCGCAGUCUCGCCCUUAGUGCUGAAGGUCCAGGCACAGCAUCAUGCCAAUGCCUCUCACUUCCACUUCCUAAGGCGCUGCUGGGUGCUCUCCCAAUCUCUCGCCUCCUGCUCCCAAGUCUCCUCAACGUCUUUUCUUCCUUUUCAGCCUCCUUGUCCGGAGUGUUCCACCCAUUUCCGCCAGGCCAACGCUUGGUUUCACAUCUCCUCCCCGCCUCAAAGGAAACAGUCAUCCCUAAUCCUUUGAACCACCUUUAGGCUACAUCGCCACCCGUUACUUCAUUUAAUCCGUCACUUUAUCUCUCCACUCAUAUUCUCCCACCCGUCAUUCCCGUACGGUCAUCCGUCCAAGCUUAAUUUUCCCAUCUCCUCGUCUUGAAGCCGCACCACCAGUCAGGCCACGACCUGUUCGCAUCUGCCGUUGGCGCUUCGACACGGUAGCCUCCGCUGCCUUGUAGCGCCUGCCCGCUAAACUCGCGGCCCAGCCCACCUGACUCCCCCCCCGACCUCGUCGCCACACAGCCUGCCUCGAACAAACGUCGCGGCUAUACAAGGCCACCUCAACCACAUCAGCCUCUCCCCUUUGCUCCCUCGACGAGUCAUACCUGUCGUCGACCCUCACGGCUCCCAGUCGCCACCACCACCACUCCUCCUUGUUGUUGCUCAUCCUCCCACCAUCCUCUCUUCCGGAAGUCUUUGUUCGCAUGAAAUAAAGUGGCCUCUACUCGCAUGUUUGCCCGCUAGCAGCCAACUCCAUUCGUCGAACAACAAACCUGUCCAAGAGACUUCCGCGUCUCAAACAAAUACAUCACUCACCAACGCUCGCGAGAAUUCAAAAUGCUUCUUGCUCAAUCCAUCGCUCCAGUCAUCCGUCGCUCAGAUUUCACCGCUACGUCAAAAGAUAAGGCCUCGGUCUCCGUGGGCGCGCCUUGUUAGAUUCUCCCGCAACUCUUCGAGCAAGACUCAGUCAUUCGCUGCGUCGCCUCUCUCUGGCAACAGCGAGCGUCUGGUCAUCUCCUCCAAGUGCCUGCGGUGCGUCUCGAAUACAAGGUCUUAUCUCUGGUGAUUCUGUAGCAGACGGUGGCUGGAGCCCAAAAGCACCAAAGUCUUAUCCUUUGACUUUGUAUUCGCUUUGGUCACACGAACAGCGCUUCCGCUGUUCUGCCAUUUUCCCCAUCCUCAGGCCGGAAAAGGGCAGAAGCACUUGUGGAAUUCGGGCUCGUUAGCAGUCGAUCCUCGACUUCUUUCGAUCACGGCGCUGCACAAUCGAACGGUUCUCUCUAUACGGUAAAGGUACCUCCGAUCUUUCUCUCAAGAUCAGCGUUUGAAAAUAACAUUCGAGCACCUCGGGACUUGACAAAAGUUAACCCGCAAAUCAUCCCAUUUUUUCUUUUUUGCUCACAUCAAUUGUAUCAACAUGACUGUCGAUCGCCGUUUGCCCGCGGCUAUCUCAGUCACACCCUCUACGUGCCCGUACCAUUCAUCUCUUUCGUCAUCCGCCUCUUCCUCUUCCUCGUCUGUCUUUUCGGUGGACACAGCCUCACAGCUCUCCGAGACUUCGGCAUGUUCUUUGAGGUCCCAUGGAUCGGACCGGAUAAAGUGGGAUACGGAAGACCCCUGGCGGUCUUCUCAAUGUCGGGAUGAAGUGCCGCAAACUGUUAGACGUGCACUUCCCCCCAUUAAGACAAGUGAGGUGCCCAUCGCUUCAGAACACAGACAACAUCCUCGACGAUGUUCAGUGUCAGCUCAGCGGCCUCCAACCCUGAUACGUCAAAGCGAACGAAAGGGGCAAUUUGUGGAAUGCCUAGUCGACUCUGCCACCCAAAUGGUAGAAGUCAUCUGGCCCCUCUCAGUGCCACAUUGCCCAAGCGAGUCAGGUCGCAGCGGUGUUCUUCCGCUUCGUACAUUCAUUCAGGAGACGCUGAGACGAUCUCGAACUAGCUUCUCAACUCUUCAGGUCGCCUUGUACUACCUGAUCCUUAUCAAAUCUCACGUUCCGAAGUACGACUUUACCAUGGAGCAGCGCGACGAUUCACUGUCCUCCCGUGCUUUGCAGUGUGGUAGACGGAUGUUUCUCGCUGCGCUCAUUUUGGCAUCGAAGUAUCUUCAGGAUCGUAACUACUCAGCUCGUGCCUGGAGCAGGAUUUCGGGCUUGAAGACUGAAGAGAUUAAUACGAACGAGAUGGCGUUCCUCAAGGCGGUCAAUUGGAAGCUACACGUACCUGAGGGAUUGUUCGAACGAUGGCAAGACAUCCUCAUCAAGUAUACGUCCCAUCAACCUCCAACUCCUGGCUCAUCGCUGCUGUCGAUGUGCUUCGACUGGAAGUCGAUUGUUCCCCACCUCACCCCCGCUCUUGACACCGUGGACAUCGCGCCACGCGGGCAGUUCAAUCUGGCCCAUUUAGAACCACGCAAGGCCUCACCGGUAACUCCACGAUUUGUAGACCUCAUCGGUUCGAACGACACCACACCGACUCCGCAGAGUCCACUUACCGGGCUCGCCGGCAUCCCACGCGUCUUGGAGCCGAUCCCUAACAUGCUUCCCCCCACUCCAUCUCUUAAUCGCAUGGGUCCACUACCCACCCCUAUCCUCACACCACCUGUUGUCAGCAGCACUCCUGCUGUGAGUGUAGCUGGCUAUAACUCUCGUCGACCAUCCAUUUCCUCGGCCAUGAGCCAGCUCCAGAACGCCUGUGUAGCUCGCUCGACCGUUGACUAUAACUGGAGCAACAAGCCCUACCAUGGACUGGAGACAUAUCAGCUUUCAGGGCGCAGGCCAUCACUCCAGUCUAUAUCAGGGAGUUCGUUGACCUCAUCCCCGGAGUCUAUGAUCUCGGACAACUCAUCCGUCUCGCGUUCCUCACGUGCCUCGUCAAUUUCAUCGGCCUCGUCACUCUGCAGCGCAAAUGCAUGUGCGCCUACAUCGGUCAAACUUAACCGACUGGCGACUUUGCGAUGCGCGGGCUUGCCGUGUCCGAUGCUCACUUCGCAGGCGUUGCCUACGCACAGGGAGCCUGGGACGGACUACUACGGAUCAUACACCAUCAAGCCGCUCAUGAACGAGUCGAUGUCCUCGCCUGACGUGGAAGAACUUAAGCUCUCAGACGAAGUACCAACCGUGCUUCCAAUUCGCCAGCGCGAGCAGCAGCAGGAUAGUCCAUCCAAGGGCCGCAAGAGGGGUCGAUCCUCUGUCGACCUAUCCCUGCAUCAGAAUGUGCGCGAGUUUCUCGGCUCGAAUGCGAGAUCCUAUCUUGCAGAUCCUAUAACGUGCAUUAUCUCGGACAGUGCCACUGCAGAACCAUCUGUUUUCCUGCAAAGUCCCUGCCCUUCUGGCAUGAAGACACCCACCUGCCCUGAGUACACCGCGAAGGCGCUGCAGUCGCCAGCGCGGUCAAUCCCAGAGCGGAGGUUGCCAAUUCAGAAGGAUCUGGGCAGGAAGCGCGCGUGCUGUGCUAGCGAGGCUGGAAACGUCAUGUCAUUUACUGGCGGUCCUGGUAUGUGGUCCGGUAUCCUGUAGUCUGCUCCGGUUAAAGUUCGAUUGAAGUCAUGUCAGCGGCGAAGGAUUCGACCCACUGAACGAGACUUGCCCCACCAAAAAAACACUUCCAUAUACACAACUAACACUCACCUUCCCGACUUGUACAAAUCAACUGAUGGAAGAAACUAAGAGACAUUGGUUUGAGAACAUACCCCAAAGAAAGAGAGAAGGGAAAGAUAUACGACUAGAUGUGCCAGUGGCGAAGGAGCUUCUGCACAUUUGCAUAUACGUACCCCCUCGAUCUCUUCUCCUCUUUCUGUUUUUUUUGUGUCGUCAAGUGUGCGAAGGCUAAAUUUUUUUCCUUUUGCUAUACCAAUAGUACCCUGACCUCUUGAUAACGGUCAAUGUAGGAGUAGUAAAGGCAUGAAUGGAAUAGGAAUUCCGGAUGGAAAUUCGGAUGAAGGUAAUAUAUACCACUAAAGUAAACCAUUCUAUGAAUGAGAAAAGAAAUUCUUCAA